UUUACUCGCGUCCUACUUCGCUUUGUAGUGAGAACAUCAGCAGCAGCAGCAGCAGCAUUAGCAUUAGAAGCAGUGGUGUCUCUGCAGCAGGGAUCGGGCUUGCUCUCGGCUCGGCUCGGCUCGGCUCGGCAGGACCUUCGCCUCCAUCAUGGAGUUUCUAUGGGGGAAUCCGUUCAGCACGGCGGUGGGUCAGCGGAUCGAGUCUGCCACCAGCUCCAGUCUCCCCUCAGAGGACUGGACCCUCAACAUGGACAUCUGUGACAUCAUCAACAGCUUAGAAGACGGACCAAAAGACGCCGUCAGAGCCCUAAGGAAAAGGAUUGUGGGAAAUAAGAACUUUAAGGAGGUCAUGCUGGCUCUGAGUGUUCUGGAGACCUGCGUGAAGAACUGCGGCUACAGGUUCCACAUCCUCGUGACCACAAGGGAUUUCAUUGAAGGGGUUCUGGUCCGGUCCAUCAUUCCCAGGAAUAACCCUCCGUUAAUUGUGCACGACCGUGUGCUGGGCAUCAUACAGGCGUGGGCGGAUGCAUUCCGUAGCUCACCGGACCUGACGGGUGUGGUGUCGGUGUAUGAAGACCUGAGAAGGAAGGGCCUGGAGUUCCCAGUGACAGAACUGGAUGCUCACAUCGCUGCCCAGAACCCUAAACAGACUUUGUCUCAGAACGGUUCUGCCGUCACUACUCUUCCUGCUGCAUUCCUUUCCUCCAAACCUCUGCUCACUCCCCCCCAGACCUCUGAACUAAAAAAGAUUGUGGAGGGAACAAAUGGCUUCAGUCCCAGUCAGGUCAAGCAGCUGAAGACAGAGCUGGGUGUGGUCCGCAGUAACCUGACCACCAUGUCGGACCUGAUGACUCAGCUGGACCCGGUCACGGUUAAACAGGCCGACAUGGAACUGCUGCAGCAGCUGUACACAGUUUGUAAGGAAAUGCAGGAGCGGAUCGUCACGGUGGUCCCCAGACUGAGUGAAGAGAAACUGAUCCAGGAGCUGCUGGAGACCAACGACCAGAUGAACUCCACCUUCAACCACUACCACAGGUUUGAACGACAGUUGACAAAUGGUCAACACGCAGCAGAGAAGCAGCACACCUACGUCAACCUGGCAGAGCUGGACCUCACAGCCCGGUCCCAGGAGUCGGGGGUGGCGUCAGUGACCAGUGACAGUUUGUCCAGUCACUUUACUAAACUCAGCACCAGUGAGUCAGAGGAGGCGCUGUCACCGCAAAUACACACUUCAACUGGACAAACUCCCAGUGACAGGGGUGAGGAUGGGGUGGACGGACACGCACACGCUCGCCUCAGCAGUUUACAGGCCACAGGAACGGAUGGCAGCCCAGCCUCCACCUGCAGCUCCUCUCCAAAGUUAGACUGGAUGGUUAAGAGGGGAAUGAUCCCGGUCAGUCAGUCGGACGUCAUGGAUGAUAUAGAGCAGUGGUUGGCCUUGGACGAUGAGUACGAGGAUGUUGACGACGGCGUGACCAGUGAAGAGUUUGACAAAUUUUUGGCUGAAAGAGCCAAAGCUGCGGAGCGCCUGCCGUCCCUGCGGUCGUCUUCACAGGACAUCAGCCACUCUGAGUCCUAACCUGCACUUAAACCUGCCAACACUAAUGUGGCUCAAACCCUGGCUCCAGUGCUACUGCUGUUUGAUGUCCUGGGGGUCUGCAGACUACUGACUCUGUAGCAAAUGUGUUUUUAACGAAGGAUUUGACUUGACGUUGUGAUGAGGGUUGGUCUGUGUGUGAAAUGCGAACCUUUGCACAUUUUGAUG